GAAAAGCUUUAAAAUCAUUUGUAUAGUUUGAUCACCUCGGGUCUAGACGGUGUGGGAAUUUGGGGAGGAUUUUCUUGGGACAGGCCUCUAAGAGGGGUGGGAAAGGAGGGGAAGAAAAUGUUGGGGCACCACCCAACCUUGUAAAGGUUGGUGAAGAGUGAGCGUGAAGCUGAGACAGCGCUGAGCUGUGUCUGUCUUCUCUUCCAGGAUGAAAGGGGAGACUCCAGUGAACAGCACUAUGAGUAUUGGGCAAGCUCGCAAGAUGGUGGAGCAGCUUAAAAUCGAGGCCAGCCUGUGCCGGAUAAAGGUGUCCAAGGCAGCAGCCGACCUGAUGACUUACUGUGAUGCCCACGCCUGUGAGGACCCCCUCAUCACUCCGGUGCCCACUUCGGAGAACCCCUUCCGGGAGAAGAAGUUCUUCUGUGCCCUCCUCUGAGCUGCCCCCUCCCUCCUCUCAGUCCUUCCCUCUCCCUCUCCAGAGCCCUUAGGUCGGUCACUGUGGGGACCCGGGGGGCUCCCCGCAGCCCUUUCCUCGCCCUGUGACAUCACCUGAAGCACAGAACCUUCCGCACCCACGUCUAUCCCAUCUCCUCACCCCUGAGGCUGACCCUCCCCCAGCACCCCGUGAUUCGGGCACCCUCCGCCCCACCCAGAGGGGUCCCCCGCGGGGCUGCCAGCCUGCGGCUCGCGGCUGGCCCCCUCCCUCGGUGACCCGCCGGAGACAAUGGGGAGAGGGAUGUGCGGGGGGCUGGCUCCCGGGC